UCCAACCAUGGUGAUAUAUCAUAUCAUAUAAUAAGAAGAGGUCUUCCAAGUAGUGAUUCCCACGUUCGACCGUCCUCCUACCCUAACUAUCUCGAUAGACAACCCUAGUAUUUUAUUUUAUCCUAAUUAAGCAAACCAAGCUCUUCACCAACCAUGAUAAUCACGUAUCACCCCUUACGUAUCACGCAUUGACAUUGCCGAGUAAAAAAAAAAAACCUAACCAGAGAAGAAGAACAAGAAAAACCGUGUGUACAAUUGUUUGAUUAACGUGGCUGUCAAGGAGAGAGAUAGCGCAAGUGAGAAGACGCGGCAAGCCCGAACUUUCGCGGUUCGGCAGCUCCGCGUCGAUUAGUCGAGUCGUUUCGGAGCUAUCUCGUUGCUUCUUGACCGAAAGCAUGACAUAUCAGGGAAACAACCAGCAGCAAGCCAUGGACAUUGGUCCCCCGACCAAUAUAUGCCACGUGGCUCACGUGACGUACGAUCGCUUCGAUGGCUUCCUCGGUCUUCCUUCUGAAUUCGAGCCCGACGUUCCCAAAAAGGCCCCCAGUGCAAGUGCAACAGUGUUUGGGGUAUCUACAGAGUCAAUGCAGCUAUCGUACGACUCUAGAGGGGACUGUGUUCCGAUCAUACUGUCGCUAUUACAAAGCCGACUAUAUGAUCAAGGAGGUUUGAAAGUUGAAGGCAUAUUCAGAAUCACAGGAGAUAACAGCGAGGAAGAGUUUGUAAGAGAAGAGCUAAACAAAGGAGUUGUACCGAAGGGCAUAGAUGUCCACUGUCUUUCCGGACUUAUCAAGGCUUGGUUCAGAGAGUUACCGAGAGGAAUACUUGAUUCUCUGCCGUCUGAACAAGUGAUGCAGUGUGAGUCAGAGGAGGAUUUUGUUAAAGUUGUGAGACUUUUACCGCAGGCGGAAGCUUCUCUUCUGAAUUGGACUGUCAAUCUAAUGGCUGAUAUUGUAGAGUUUGAAGAUGUUAACAAGAUGACCACACGUAACCUUGCUUUGGUCUUUGCGCCAAACAUGUCUAAGAUGGCAGAUCCUCUAACAGCGUUGAUGUAUGCGGUCCAAGUUAUGCACUUGCUGAAGUACCUCACAGAGAAAACACUCAGAGAGAGGAAAAUUGCAUCUUCCCAAAUCGGUCCUUGUGAUGACAGUGAAGCUGAAGUUGGUCAUGUGGAAGAAUACAAAGGUGUUGAUAAUGUGAACAAGGAAGAUGAGAUCAUCAAGGUGGAAGAUGAAAUCAAACCAUCAAACGGUUUGCAUUUUUACAAGGAAAGGAAACAGGAAAUAUGAAGUCAGAUGCUGGAGUUGGAGUUCUGCUUUUGUUUUAUUUUCUUGAUAAACUAAGGUGCAAAUAACUUAGGUUUCAAUUUAUUUGUUUUGUGUUUCACAUGAAAAUUCACUUUUAAAAAAGACAAACAUAUGUACAU